GAGAGCUCGGGGGGUCGUUGGAAUGGAGAAACCGCAGCGCGAGCAGAUGGCGCUGAUGGUGCCGGAACUUCUCCUGGUCGUCGCCACCUCGGAAGGAGCCCUCGCCAGCAUCGAGCUCGCCUGCAACCUGCUUGACAGCAUCGAGUUCGAUGUCCUCGUCGACAUCGCGCAUGGCGUCCCCUUCAACACCACCGGCGGCGGCGAGCAGCCGUUGUACAUGGGUGGCGGGUGCGGCGGCGGCGGUGGCGGCUGGCGCGGCGCCAGCCGUAGCUUCGGUGUCCCCAUGGAUAGCACUGGUGGUGGCGAGGGCAGCUUCAGCGUGGACGCCCUCGCUUACGAGCCGUUCACCUUCGGCGUCCCCAUGGACACCAGCGGCGGCGGCGUCGAACACACCGGCGGCGACGGGGCGGCCACCAAUGUCGCCGCUGACCACAAGGGGCGCAAGGCCGGCAUCGACUACUGGGCCAACACCCUCGCCAGCGCGUUCGCCACCGACGGGCCGCUCAACGCCGCCCACCGCGAGAUCACGCGCCUCAUCACGCUCCACGGCGUGGCCGCCCACUUGCUGAUCCGAUGCCUCGAACUCCACGACUUCCCGCACGGCGACGAGGCGGCGUGGCAGAGGUGGUGGGAGCACCACGACGCCUUCGUCCCCCGCGCCCACGACGCGCUCCUGAGGCUGAGCUCCGCCACGUCGGCCUCCGCCGCGGCCGAGGACUUCCUCCGCUUGAGAUCCGCCUUGUCCCCUGGCCGGAACGAUUGGCCGUCGGAGGCGAAGCAGCUCGUGCGCGACGCCAGGCGCGACAUCGGCGAGGCGCGGGACGCGGUGAUCCUGAUGCGCGACGACGCUGUGCGCGAGUUCUUCGAGACCUGGAUGAUCCUGAAACGAUCGCAGGCCAGCCGCUAACCCAAUCGCCUCUGUUAGUUUUUUUUUUCUGCUUGUUCAAUCCCCCAGAACAUUCAGAAUCUUACUUUGGACAAUUUUAGGGAGGAAUUCGUCCUAGCUUCUCUGUAAACAUGAUCAUUUGAUUCACUGAUCA